AUGGCUCCUCCUCGUAUCGAAGCGCAAGAGAUUGAAACGUACUGGAAUAUCUUCUCGGCCCGGACGGGCGGGUCGCAGUUCCUGACGGGAGAGCAGGCCGCGCCGGUGCUCAAGAACAGCGGCCUGACGGAUAACCAGCUCGAGCGGGUGUGGGAUCUCGCCGAUGUGGACAACGAUGGCAACCUCGACUUUGAGGAGUUUUGCGUCGCGAUGAGAGUCAUUUUCGACAUUCUGAACGGGGAAUACGCAGACGUCCCCACGACACUGCCCGAUUGGCUCGUGCCCGAGUCCAAAGCACACCUCGUCCAGGCGAAUCGCGCACUCACGGGGAAGCAAGUGGCAUUUGAACAGGUCGAGGAAGAUCCAGACUCCCCAGGCUUGAAGGACGGCUUCGACUGGUACAUGACCCCCCAGGACAAGUCCAAAUACGAGUCGAUAUACCAGGAGAACCGCGAUGCGCGGGGAGAAGUCGCAUUCUCCGCCCUAGAAGACCUUUACGAGUCCCUCGACGUUCCCGACACCGACAUCCGUUCCGCCUGGAACCUCAUCAACCCAUCAGCCGGCCCCUCCAUCAACAAGGACGCCUGCCUCGCCUUCCUCCACAUCCUCAACAACCGCCACGAGGGCUUCCGCAUCCCCCGCACCGUACCCGCCUCGCUCCGCGCCUCGUUCGAGCGUAACAAGAUCGACUACCAGCUCGACAACAACACCCCGGCCGACUCCCGCUGGGCCACAAAGGCCGACGAGUCCACCGCGACGGGCCGCAAGGCCAAGUUCGGCGACCAGUACCUCACCCGCCUGGGCCGCAGCGGCUUCAAGUCCAGCGGCACCGACUUCUCCACCUCCAAGACGGACGACUGGGAGGAGGUCCGCCUCAAGAAGCAGCUGCAGGAGCUCGACGACAAGGUCGCGCGCAUCGAGGCCGACGUCGAGCGCAAGAAGGGCGGCAAGCGCGACUCCAAGCCCGCCCUCGUCAAGCGCGAGCUCGAGCAGCUGCUCGACUACAAGCGCAAAGAGCUGAGGGAGCUCGAGGAGGGCUCCGGCAAGGCUAAGGGCGGCGCCAGCCUCAAGAGCGUGUCCGAGGACCUGCAGACGGUGAGGGAGCAGGUCGAGGGUCUCGAGUCGCACCUGUCGUCGCGGCAGCAGGUGCUAGAGCAGCUGCGGAGGGAGAUUGAGGACGAGAAGCUCAGCAGAUGA